AUGAAAGGAUUUGAAACUGACAACUUUAUCCAUUUUACUGAAACAACCGUCAAACAUUUCUUUCUUUCUUUCUUUCUUCUUUCUUUCUUUUUUCUUUCUUUCUUUUUUCUUUCUUACUUCUUUCUUUCUUUCUUCUCUGUCUUUCUUUCUUUCUUUCUUUCGCUGAAAUCAAACGUUAACACUUCUUUCUUUCUUUCUUUCUUUCUUUCUUUCUUUCUUUCUUUCUUUCUUUCUUUCUUUCUUUCUUCUCUGUCUUUCGUUCUUUCUUUCUCCCUGAAAUCAAGUAGUGUCUUUUCCCCGCUUUCCACACGACCAAAAAGGAAUAUUACAUUAUUCAUGAGAUAUUGGCAGGAGACGUUAACACUUUUAUCUUCUUUCUUUCUUUCUUUCUUUCUUUCUUUCUUUCUUUCUUUCUUUCUUUCUACAUUCUUUCUUUCUUUUUUUCUUUCUUUCUUACUUCUUUCUUUCUAG